AUGAAGUCCACCAUCGCCGCCGUCGGCCUCCUGGCCUCGCUCGCCAGCGCCUCCGCCCACCAGCCCCGUCACUUCCACUGGCGCCGCGACAACUCCACCGCCUCUGCCGGCUUCACCACCCUCACCGUCCAGAUCACCGAGGUUGCCACCGUGACGUCUUGCGCCCCUACCAUCACCAACUGCCCUGCUCGCAGCGCCACCCUCUCCGCCUCUGACCUCCACACCUACGUCGUCACCAACACCGUUGUCCUGACCGAGACCGUCUGCCCCGUCACCGAGGCCGCCAGCAUCUCCAAGUCACUCGUCAACCAGCACGCCACCGGCGGUCUGCCCGGCUCCACCCUCACCGCUCCCGCCGUUACCACCCCCACCGCCGCUCCCUCCGUUCCCCUGAACACCGCCGGUGUCACCAAGUCUGCCCAGGACGCAGCCGUCACCAGCCCCCCCACGGCUGGCGGCAAUGGCGAGAGCGACGAUGAAGACGACUGCCCUGCUGAGGAUGGUGAUGUCGUGACCACCGUCACCCAGAUUAUCUCUACCAAGACUCUCACCAUGACCGUCGGUAAGGGGUCUACCGCUUCCGUCGUCACCACCGCUAUCCCCACUACCAUCGAGUCUACUAUCCUCGUCACCAUGCCUGCCGCUGCUGCCACUAGCCUCGCAGACGCUGUCGGCACCGAGGAGCCCACCACUACCGUCACCGCUACCUCCACC